UAUCAGGCCACUAGCAGACGAUUAGUGCCAGUUGUAUCUUACAAAAUUAUGAUUAAAAUCAUUUACUGGGAAUGAAAACCCAACAACAAUCUGACAAUUGUAUUUUUCGAGAAUAAUGCUGUUGUUUACUGUUUUAGAAAUUGUAAAUUUGAACUUCUAAUUGAUUCGUGUUAAUUUAGUCCACAUGCAGUGUAUCAUUUAACUCAGCUUCAUCUGCAAUUCAAUAUUUAGCUCAACUGACUUGAUGAAAUCUCGAGAUUUCCCCAUUUUGUGCCAUAAUUCGAUAUGUGCCAUCUAUCGCCAAUUAAGGUAACUAUUUACUCUUUUUGAGCUCUGAAUUAACAUGCAAGUUACUACUCUGUGCUACUCUGUGUGUAAACAUCGACAAUGGAGCUUGAAAAGUGUUACUUUAAGGAUGGGUACCUGAUUGACGACGAGUCCAACGAACCAUUGUCCUUUCACCGUGUCAACAGUGUUGAAAUUUUGUAUGAAAAGAAGAAGAAACGAGCAAAAUUCAUUGGUAACUACGUGUUAGGGGAUAUGCUGGGUGAGGGUUCUUAUUCAAAAGUUAAAGAAGUGUUGGACAGGAUCACAUUAGAACGGCGAGCCUUCAAAAUUAUGAAAAAGAAAAGACUUCGCAAAAUUCCUAAUGGUGAACAAAAUGUACAAAGGGAAAUUGAAUUGUUGUGCCGACUCAAUCAUGCAAAUGUUAUUAAACUGAUUGAAACAUUUUACAAUGAGGAGAAACAGAAGCUGUAUAUAGUGAUGGAAUAUUGUGUUGCUGUUCUUCAGGAACUUCUUGAUAGUGUGCCAGACAAAAAAUUACCAAUUUGGCAAAGUCAUGGUUAUUUUAGUCAACUUUUAGACGGGUUGGAAUAUCUUCAUUCCAAAGGUGUUAUACAUAAAGACAUUAAACCAGGCAAUCUGUUGAUAAAUACUUCUGGAACGGUUAAAAUAAGUGACUUUGGCGUCUCAGAGCUAUUGGACAGUUUCUCUCAAAGUGACAUAAUAUCAACAAGUCAAGGGUCUCCUGCUUUUCAACCACCAGAGAUAGCUAGAGGCUGUGAAUCUUUUCAUGGUUUUAAAAUUGAUAUUUGGUCUUCAGGAGUUACUCUGUUUAACAUUACCACUGGUUCUUAUCCAUUUGAAGGAGAUACAGUCUACAAAUUAUUUGAAAAUAUUUCUAAAGGUGAAUUCACCAUUCCAAGUGACUUAGAUGAAUCAUUAUCUUCCUUAAUCAGAGGUAUGCUUGACGUGGAUCCCGAUUCACGGUUUAGUCUGAUCGAAAUACGAAACCAUGACUGGCUACGUAAAAAGCUUAUUAAAAAUUGCUCACCGGUAACCAUACCAACUCGUCCCAAUGGCGAUGCCCUUCGAAGCAUGACAGUUCUACCUUAUCUUCAGAAUCUACAUUAUCCAAGUGAAUCUUCUAUUGAUAUUUGGAAAGGUUCAUAUUCAACCGAAACCUCUGAUCAAAAUAAAAAUGAAAAUACCUCAGCAAAUUAUCUCUCAGCUGCAACCGGGUCUCAAGGCAAGAAAAAAUUUUGCGGCCGAAGUACAACUAGUCACAAAUCAAGUAAAAACAAAUUCUUCGGAUGUUCGGGCAUCAAAUCUUUUUGUCAACAAUCGUGAUUGCAGAUUGUUUCAGCAUUGUAAAGUAUUUCUUAUGCAAUGACAAUGCUAAUGUACAUCUAAUAAUUUUCCUCAAUGUAAUAUCUACAAAUCCUUUUUGAUUAAUUUGAAGCCUUCACUAAACUGGAGGUUUAAUAAAUUUGAUUUUUAUAAAAUGAAAUUGAAAUUAUCACAUUAAAUCAUUCACAUUGCAAUCUUAA